ACUGGUCUUCAAGUACAUCAUGAUGAAUUCAAACUUGUUCUAAAACAACUACAAAUUUUAUCCAAUGCUAUUCAAUCAGCUGAAACUUCAUAUAAAAGUCAACUAAAUGGAAUUAUGCAACCUAUUAUUGAAAAAAUGACGAAACAAAUUCAUUCUUCACAAGAUUGGCAAUCAUAUACUAAAUACUUUCAGCAAUUAAUUCAAAAUAAAAUUCAAGAAUGUGUCAAACUAUUCGAUGAGUAUAUAACACACGAGUCCCAAAUAAUAGCCGAACAAUGUAUAAGAGAUGUACGUUUUGGAUCAUUAGUUCAGUUAGAAAAACAAAUAGAUCGAUAUAUGCAAAAAAAAUCGUUUAUAUCAGAAAUAGAAGUAUUAAAACAUGAAGCUUUCGAAGAAUUCAUUAAACAACAUGUUUUAUCACAGCAAUUAAAAUUUGAAAGGAAACCAUCAAUAAAAUCUGUUGAAACUGUGAAUGAAUUUAUUGAUAAAGUAAGAAAAGAAUUUCGAACAAAUAAAAUAUAUGUUGGAUGUGAUGUGGAACAGUUGAAACUAAUUCCAAAAUUAUUACAACGUGUUAUGUUAUAUUAUCGAUGUUUUACAUUACAAUUACCAUUGUAUGAAUCAUCUAAAGAAUUCUUAGAUAAAUUUGAAAACAGUAAUGUUAUUACUGUAACGACAUCAACUGGAUCGGGUAAAUCAAGUUUAUUACCAGCUCUCUUGAUUGCUGAAGGUUAUGAAAAAGUCAUUGUUACUCAACCUCGUCGAUUAACUUGUGAAGCACUUUGUGAUUAUGUUAAUAAAACUAUGACAACAAACAAAGAUGGAUUUGAUAUUGCUGGAUGGGCUGUUACUAGUGCUCACUGUAAUGCUAAUGCUCAAAUCUUAUAUUUAACUGAUGCUUUAUUAAAAGAACGUCUAUUAUAUGAUGAAAAUUUGAUUAGAAAACAAACAAAUAAUAAUAAUAAACCUAUUGUAUUUUUUAUCGAUGAAAUUCAUGAAAGAUCUGUAAAUAUUGAUCUAUGUUUAGCAUUAUUUGCUCGUCUUCUUACAGAAAAACCUAAUCUUAAAUCAAAAGUCAAAAUAAUCAUUUCAUCAGCAACAUUAGAUCCAUCUAUAACAACAGUGUUUCGUCAAAUACCUCAAUUAAAAUUUAAUGAAUUUUAUAUACCAAACUUAGGAAAAGUAUAUCAUGUAGCAAAAUUCGCACGAUCUAAUCAAAAUAUAUUAGAUUUAAUACAAGAAAUAUGUAAAACAAAACAAAGAUAUGAUCAAAUAUUAUGUUUUGUUAGUAGUGUAGCAGAAGUAAAUCAAUGUUGUCAUCUUAUACAAGAAAUUAGUCAUGGAACAAUAACUGC